AUGAAUGACGACGCGACCUUCAUCAGCAGCCUCGCUACGAGGGAGUUUGCCAAAGAAAUCAUCGGCAAUAACGCCAAGGAUGGCAUAGAAAACCCAAUUUUCGUUGUCGACAUAGACGACGUGUAUUACAAGAUUGACCUACGCAAGCAUAUGCCACGAGUUAAGCCUUUUUAUGCUGUCAAGUGCAACAAUAACCCAGUCAUUCUGGAAGUGCUUGCGAGCCUUGGCAUCGGCUUUGAUUGCGCGAGCAUCGCAGAAAUCGAAACCAUGGUCUCGCUUGGCGUAGACCCAUCUCGCAUCAUCUACGCUCACCCGCAAAAGCACGUCACCUACCUUCGCCGUGCCUGGAAGCAGGGAGUCGAUCUCAUGACAUUCGACUGCCGCAAUGAACUUUACAAGAUAAAAGAGCACUACCCAAGCACACGCCUAGUGUUGAGAUUAAAGGUGGAAAACAAGAAUGCUUGGUUUCGCCUGGGCGACAAGUAUGGCUGCUCUGAUGGUCAGGCUGUCGAGCUGCUCCAUCUGGCCAAGGCCCUCAAUAUGGCAGUUGUGGGCAUAUGCUUUCACGUCGGAGGAGGCAACGAGGAUGCCAGUGCUUUUGCGUCAGCGAUCGCAGCAGCGAGGCGAACUUUCGACGUUGGCCGAGAUUUCGGUUUUGAUAUUACAUUGCUGGACAUCGGCGGCGGCUUUCCAAGGGAGCCGGGAUGUCACCCACUUUUCAUAAAGGCGAGUUGCUGA